AUGAACCAUCGACCUCGCAAUGGAGAAGAGCUUCCAUGGGCUAAACCCCUCAGUAUAGAUCUCUUGUACAAAGUCCUCAAAGUGACAUUUCUACACCCCUUUGUCGCAUGGAUGAUUCCUCUCUGUAUGCGCGCACAAGCUAUGCCAUGGCAUCAUCAAGCCAUUCAAUAUGCCAUUGGUUAUGCCUCUUUGCUCACCAUGUUAUAUUUCCUCUCGAUACUCAAUCGCCAAAUAGCAUACUCAAAGGCUAGAGAGGUAGAUUUGUCAGAAGAGGUUAUUGUGAUUACCGGCGGCGCAAGCGGAUUGGGAUUAUUGGUCGCGGAAGUGUAUGGUAUGCGAGGCGCAACGGUUGCAGUAUUAGAUGUGCGAGAUUUAGAGAGCGGAGAAGCGAGGGGUCUCGGCACCCCUACAAUCCUCAUCAAUAAUGCGGCAAUUGUAAAUGGGAAGACCCUCUUGGAUUUAUCCCUUGAUGAAAUUGAGCAUAAUUUCAAAGUUAACCUUCUUGGAAGCUUCUACACCCUCAAAGCCUUCCUCCCAGGCAUCAUCCGCACCGGUCACGGCACAAUCGUAACCAUGUCCAGUGUCCUAGGACACCUUGGCGCUGCCCAACUCAGUGAUUACAGCGCAUCCAAAGCCGGCUUAACCGCACUUCAUCAUUCUCUAACAGCAGAACUCAAAGCACACCCUAAUAUCAAAACAAUACUUGUAGAGCCCGGCCAACUAAGCACGCCAUUAUUUUUCGGAACCGUGACACCAAAUAGUUUUCUCGGGCCGGUAUUGGAACCAGUUGAUGUAGCGAGGGAGAUUAUCGCCACGAUUGAUAAGGGGAGUAGUGCAGUUUUGGCGAUGCCCUUGUACGCGGGGUGGGUUGGCUUGAUGUCAGUUUUACCUGUGGGAGUGCAGGCGAUUGCUAGGAGGCUUAGUGGAAUCGAUGGAGCGAUGAAGACGUUUGUGGGGAGGGGAAAGAUGGGUGCGGAGAAAGAAAGUUGGAUAUAG